UGAGUCGUAUUCCCGCACAGGAACAAAAAUGAGCGGGAGAAUUUGUGUUGUUAUUGUGGGCCAAAUGCAGUGACGGACUUUUUGAAAGAUAUUAAUGUUUUUAUUUUAGAUAUUAAUAUUUUAAUGCUUUAUUUCACUAUUGUUUUGAAAGUUAAUCUGUUGCGAAUGCAAAAUUAGCUUCAAGACUUGCCAAACUGCCUAAACAAAGAAGAGUGGAAUGUAAGCGCGAAUGGCGGUCAGCUAACCUAGCAGUAACGGGCAUGUUGGGAUUGAAACGGAGAACCGGACUAUCUGCGCAUUUAAGAGCUUAACUGGUGGACACACAUUUUCUUUAACCGGGAUGAACACCAUGUCCCAGAUCAAAGCCAAAAAGAAACUGCAUUAUUAUCAAGGACAUGAAAUAGUCAGUUCUGACUUCAAGAUCGAUAAGGUUUUGACCCUGCGUGAUAUUGACAAACUCUUCGAUGAAAUUGAUGCUGACUCUGAGCUGGGUUUGCCUCUGCUUUCUCCUUUGCCCAAAAGCAAUGGUAUGAAUAGUCAGAAGAAAAGUGAAAGUUCUUCUGAUCCAGAAAAGAUGAAGGCAUCAUCUCAACAGGUGCCCAAGGAUGCUUUAAUCCAAGAAAAUGGCAUUCAAGAAGAUGAAAUGCUUUAUAAAGAGAGUCCGUUUAAAGAACUUGCUCCCAUAAAGACGUCCAGCCCUAUUGCUUUGGCAACAGAGAGGGAUGAAACGGUGGAUGGAGUCAGACCUGUGGCUGAUCCUCUUCUCUUUGUUGAGGACGAGGAACCCAUUAGUGGAGACUUAAACAAGGCAUCCUGCACUCAGCAGUCAGAACCGGUCAAGGAAUCUGUUAAUGGGGAUAGCGGGUCUCUGGCUUCACCACCAGAAAGGCUCGAGUUUAGAAAAACUACUAAAGCGACUGCUUGUUCUUUAUCAAGUAUGAAGCCUGCAGAAUCCAAUAAAAUGUCUGAGCAAGCCACACAGUCCCCUUCAGAAACAUUGGAGAAAAAUCUGAGUCAACUUUCUCCUGUUUUGGUUCAGAAAAGUGAACCAAAACUUCAAGAGGUGGAGCAAUGCAAGGAUCAGGUGGUGGAUGAUCAAGGCAAAGGAUUGUCUUUCCAGCACAAGCUUAAAAAGGCCUUGAUGCUUAAAUCCCCACGUUCCAGGAAACCAGCAGCUGUUCCAGCUCCUCCACCUGUGGAUUUAGAGGAGGAUUUCAUGAUCCUAGACGACGAGGCUCCUGUUCUUUUUGUCAUCCCUCGCAAGGCAGAGGUUAGCAGGAACAAAAGACCGGUCCCAGCAGACACCGCAAAGCAGAAUGUUCUUACAGAGCCACACUGUACAGAUCAGCUCUCACAGAGUGAAACAGAUACGACUAAUCAGCAUGGGAAGGAUGCCAAAAUAAAUAAAGUGCAAAUGGAGUCUGGUAAACAGAAACGGAAAGAAAAGCAUGGAAAAGCCUCAAAAAAGAGUGGCAAAGGCUCUGUGGCUCAUGAUAGUGUUGAGGAUGGAGCAGACCAUGUAACUGAAACUCUGGAGGACAUUUCUGAUCAGACCUCUUCUCAAACUGUACAGGGAUGCAAAACUGUGUCAUCAGGAAAGAAACGUGCAAACAGCAAGGCACCUGAGACUGCUGAUCUUUCUGACAAAGAUGAAACAAAUACAGGUGGCAGCCAAGAAAUCUUAGAUCCCGAGUCUAGAGCCACAAAGAAAUCCUCAAAAUCAUCUAAACGACAGAGACCCAGGCCAAAAGCUAAGAAGGAAUCCAAUAAAGACACUGCUGUAGCAGAUUAUCACCCCACAAAAUCCAACAAAAAAAGAAAGAAUAACAAAAAGGAGGAAACUGCCUCUAAGACAAAGAAAGGAAGUUCUAAACAACAAAAAGAGUUGGAACAGAUAGAUCCUUCCUUUGAGGACCAAGAGAAUGAAGCUUCACCUGCCCUCAAUGAGCGAAAGGAGGAACAAAUGACAGCUGGGAAUAAACGAUCUUCACACAAGGAAGAUGCUGUGGAUCCAGGCAAAAAACAGAAGAGAAAAGAGACAAAACAGGUAGAACCAAAAUCACAGGAACCACCAACAAUAGAAUCGGACAUUUCUUCAGACAGUCCUUUGUGUUGCAAGAGGACAAGGAGACCUCCAGGAGCGUGGUGGCUCAGUAGCCCAAAUGAGAGUAACCCAGAGCCUCGGCCAAAGCAAGCGUUGGAUACAGCACCAAGACCGAAAGCCAGUACUAAAGCAUCAACAAAGCAAGCAGCUGCUGUUGAUUCUGAGGAAACAAAGUCUAUCAGGCCUGCCCAGGGGAAUCAGAAAAAGCAGAAGACUCCUAAUGUGUUGGACAGGGCUCAAAAGAUAAUAGCAGGUGACAAUGGAAAAAAAGCUGGAGCUGAGCAGAAGACUGCUAAGAAAACAGGUGGUCGAAGGAAACCAAAAUCAACACCCAGUCAACCUCAAGUGGCAUCACCAGGAGAGGAAGUGGGAGCUUAUCCAAAUGAGAAUGAUGCAGAGAUGAGUCCAGAAUUGUGUAGUCCUAACAGACAGCACAGCCUUCUUAGAGGUGAGAAGAGAGUGUUUGACUCGGUCUACUCACGUGAAUCCGGAUCUGCACAGAAACCGACUUCAUCUUCUCUUAGAAAACCAGACAGUGCCGUGUCAGACAAAGUUCCACAGAAAAGACAAAGAAAAGGUCCUUCCAAUUGGUGGGAGGCGCCACAGUCUCAGGAACCAGCCGAUGGGCUUCCCACACCUCGCAGUCCGCCUCCACUAAAGUCCAAACUAACAAAUACUCCCCUGCGUGGUGUGAUUAAUAAGGAUGGAAAUUCAAUGAAAUCACAAAAAACGAAGAAUCCCACCAGGAACCUAAAAAGAAACAUUAUCAACACGCCAAAAUCAAUCAAACGAUCUUUAGCCUCAAUGAAUGCCAUUUUUGCUUCUGAAAACCCCGAAAACAUUGUAAAAAGUGGAUUAAGAUGCAGAAAACAGGGACGCAGAAACCUCCUUCACUCUCUUGAGGACGAGUCCGAUCACUCAAGUGAGAAUGUGGCCCAGCUGCAGGGAAACGGCCGUACCUCUUUUGGCUUAACCAGUGGUGUUACAGAGGAGCCCUCGGGGACCAGAAACAAAACAAGUAUCCGAGUAUCCAGUGGACCCAACAUGUUAUCUGAUGUUGACGUGGCUUUCAGAAGUGGGCCGUCAUCAAUGCUUGAGCUUCAGCGACAUGAAGAGGAGGAUGAUAUUGACUUGCCAUCGUCUAGAGUGAUGCCGACGUCGAGAGUGAUGCCGCAUGUGCGACAGGCUCCACGAGUGUUGGCCCAGUGCGAUCUCUGUGGUCCUCCACUGCAGCCUAUUGUCCUGGAGGAAGAGGACUGGAACAACCUGCGUGAGUGGUUCUCUCACCUGUGGCCCCCAGCCUCUAAAGAUGGACGAGUUAUUAGUCCUGAUGACUUCCACUGGCACUCUCACGGAGGCCGAGCAAUGGGCCACGUGGUGGACCUCCACAGCCACUCUUUCUCACAUGGAAAGAUACUGCUGGGGUCAUUCAUGAAGAAACCCUCACAGGUGGACCUUGAUACGGUUUCUGUAUUCACCAUUAUCACAAGUUGUGUGCGUGUUGAUAUUGAUGGUGAAAAGUCCAUUUACAAUUCUGGACAAGUGUUUAUGAUCCCCUCUGGACAAGUGUACAGCAUUCAAAACCUCUGUCAGGAGCCUGCAGUGUUGAUUUACCACAGGACACAGUCAAGCGACACACAGAGCUGAUUGACGUUGUGGCUUCCAUCAACUUCUUUCAAAUAUUCAGCUGUAUAUUUGUUUUUUAAAGAUACAUUUGUAGAUGAUUGUUUCAAAAUGCUGUAGAAGUAUAGUUGUCUAGCAAAGCUCAUAAAUGCUAGUUGUUUUGUGUAAAUAGCUUCAAGAAAAUGUUUUUGAUUUUAUGAUGCUCUAUGAAAAGCUUUUCAAAACCGUGGUCUUAUUAAUAUACAUGUACAUUGUUGUCUUUAGUUUUCCCUCAGAAUGCAACUGUCUAGGUAUUCAGAACAAUUUUAUUUGGUUGUCAGCAGGGGUCAGCAGAUCCUUUGCUAUAUUACGCUUGCUGCGCAUGUCCAACUUUGCCUGUUUUUAUGCUCAGAAGUAGUGCUGUUUAUGUGAGCUACAUGUAAAAACAGACUUUCAUCUUCAUUUUUUUAGUAACCACUUCAUUAACAGUUGAUCAGUGUAUUGUCGUGUAAGUAAUUUCACAGCAUUUGUGCUUGGAAUAUUGAUUCGGCUUCUACUGUCCUGUUUGGAAAUGUAUUUAUGUGUGAUGUUUUUGUGUGGAUUUGUAAAAAACAUUUUGUUGGAAUUUUGUGUUUUACACUCCCUUUCUGAAAAAUCAAAGAGGUACAGAAGCCACUGUUCAUUUGCUUUUUUUAUAAAGUUAAAUUGUAUUUUCGACAGAAGAAAAAUAGAUAUACACGUCAGACAUUUCCAUUUUUGUAAAGUGUAUAAAUAGAUGCAUAAGACUUCAAUCCAUUAUUGUCUCUUUAACAUUUAAAAAUAAGUGUGACAUUCACUUCUGUGACAUUCACCAUUUUUUCCCUUUGUCACUUACAAAUCCUUUUUGUGAAGACCUGGGGACACUGUCGUUUAAUUAUGCAGCAUGCUUUUAACAUCAGACAUGCAGUGGAAACGCAACAUGAAAAAUAUGACACAAAAUA